CGUAAGCGUCUAGAAUUUCAUUUUACCUAAAAACAUGUUCCACCACUGUACAUUUUGGUUCAGUUUCUAACUUCCAACAACUUUUUUUAUUGUUCGGCUCGUCUCCUCUACUCUUCUUCUUCAUCUUCCUUACCCAUCCUCCUCGUCUUUAUAUCUCUGUAAACUCCAUUACAUAAAACCUAAGACUAUUGAGAAGGACAAGAUGGUAGGACCCCAGAGACCACAAAUCGUUCUUUUUGGAUCUUCAAUCGUUCAGUUCAGUUUCAGCAAUGGUGGAUGGGGUGCUAUUCUUGCCGACGUCUAUGCUCGUAAAGCAGAUAUAGUAUUGCGUGGAUAUAGUGGUUGGAAUUCAAGACGGGCUAUACAAGUCAUCGACCGAGUUUUUCCAAAGGAUGCAGCUGUGCAACCUUCUUUGGUUAUUUGUUACUUCGGUGGUAAUGAUUCGAUGGGGCCUCAUCCAUCGGGAUUAGGUCCUCAUGUGCCCCUAGAAGAAUACAUUGAGAACAUGCGGAAGAUUGCUGUCCAUCUUAAGAGCCUUUCAGAGAACAUACGCAUUAUCUUUCUAAGUUGUCCUCCUUUGAAUGAAAAAAUGCUCCAGGAAUCGUCAAGUACGAUAUUCAGUAAACUAGUUCGGACAAAUGAAACCUGUCGGCUAUAUUCUGAAGCUUGUAUAGAAAUGUGCAAGGAGAUGGAAAUAAAAGUCGUUGAUCUGUGGACUGCAAUUCAGAAAAGGGAUGAUUGGUUGAGUACUUGCUACACGGAUGGAGUUCAUUUUUCUGCAGAAGGAAGCAAGAUAGUUGUUGGCGAGAUACUAAAGGUCCUAAAGGAAGCCGAGUGGGAACCUUCGCUACAUUGGAAGUCACUGCCGACUGAAUUUGCAGAAGACUCAGAUUGUGAUCUUAUUGCCUCGGACGGAAAGACGACUAUUAACAUUUCUGAAUGGAACUUUCACAGGGAUAUCCAAUGGGAUUAGGUUCUAGACAAAAUGUCACAGAUCCAACCCUUUAUUUCCUUACUACUUCAAUAACUCAAAAGUAUUAUUCGUUUAACUAUGAAAGUUUUUUACUGUAUUAAACGAUUGAAAAUGAAUGAUCACUGAUUUUAAUAGCUCGAGUUC